CAAGUGCAGAUGAGUUUACUUUGGCAAGCGAGCUGGCCACCUGGGCACGUGAGACCAAAGCCUGCGCAUCCCAUCUUAGCAAGCUUUUAAAGAUAUUGAAGAAGUAUCACCCGGAGCUGCCUAGUGACGCAAGAAGCCUAAUGGGGACACCAAGAUCUUGCAAUGUGAAAAACAUGGGAGCGUCCGGCCUCUACCACUAUUUCGGAAUCGAAUCGUCACUAAAACGAAUGAUGAGCUCAGGCAGCAUCACUGGAGACACCAUUUCGUUGCUCAUCAAUGUUGAUGGCCUGCCUAUAGCGAAAAGUUCCAGCAAGCAGUUCUGGCCCAUUCUUGCAUCUGUCGUCGAAAGCUGCGAUCCUGAACCUUUCGUCAUAGCUCUGUUUGUUGGAGACAAGAAGCCGGAGAACUUGGAUGACUACCUUACCGAUUUCAUUUCGGAGUUAAGCACAUUGCUGGAAGAACACGUGACCGAGGGCGGAAAGGAGUGCGUAGUUCGAGUGCAUGCGUUCAUUUGCGAUGCGCCCGCAAGGGCAUUUCUGAAGUGCAUCAAGGGCCAUGGGGGAUACUUCAGUUGUGAAAAGUGCACCCAAGAAGGCACCUUCUCUGAAAGCUGCCGGAAAGUAAUUCUUCCAGAAGUCAGCAGCCCCCUACGAACAGACGAGUCGUUUCGAAAGCAGGAUCAGGAAGGGCACCAUCAUCGACAGUCCCCAUUGGUCGAGCUACAGAUUGGCAUGGUAAGCCAAUUUCCCCUCGACUAUAUGCAUUUAGUCUGCCUAGGCGUUAUGCGGAGGCUUCUACUUCACUAUUGGGUGCGGGGACGACCUCAUCGAUCAAAGCUCCCACCACGUGCACAGACUAGCAUCUCAACAAUGCUCAUGAAACUCCAGAGACACACCCCUCGGGAGAUGGCUCGGAAGCCCCGGAGUCUUCAUGAAUUAGAGAGAUGGAAGGCCACUGAGCUACGAAACUUCCUCUUGUACUUCGGUCCUGCGGUUCUAAAAGACCACAUGGAGAAGCGCUACUACCAGCACUUUCUCAAACUGAGCAUUGCAGUGUCAAUCCUGUCAAGCCCACGACUCUGCCAUGAGGAGAUUGAUUCUGCAGAGAAGCUGCUUGAAGAGUUUGUUUCUGAUGCUGGGGACCUGUACGGUGAAGGCAUUUACGUGUACAACAUACAUUCUCUGCUGCAUCUUACUGCUGAUGUGCGGAGGUUCGGUCACCUUGACUCCUUCUCUGCGUUCCGGUUUGAGAACUUUCUGGGUCAACUGAAGCGAGAUUUGAAGUCACCAAAUCGACCAUUACAACAGAUUGUAAAACGCUUAGAAGAGCGCAGUCAUGCUGACUUGCAUCCUAGAAUACCACCGAAGCAGCAGGCCUUGUUGCAAAAGCCGCAUAAUGCCGGACCAGCACCUCCAGGAUUUAAGGGAGAGCAGUAUCACAAGCUAGUUCUUCAAGGCAUGGUUCUGGAAGUGAACCUACCAGACUCAUGUUUUCUGAUGGAAGAUGGAAAUGUAGUCGUCGCAACAAAUGUUGUGUCCCGUGAUGGAGAGAUCAAGAUCUGUGGCCAGUUUUUCAAGAGAUUAACAAACUUCUAUGCCGGCAUUGUUGACACAACUGGACUGUGUACUUUCAGGGCUUCUCAGGUUUCGUCUGCAAAUGCUUUGUGGACUGUUGAACAGGUCAAAUCAAAGUGCUGCUGGCUUCCUUGUGGGGGUGAAUUUUUGGUUAAGCCACUCUUGCACACAGGAUAG